AUCACCUCGUCAGGCAUUAUAAAUCGUAACUCAGAACUAUUUCGGCACAAACUAAAUUUGCACGUGUUGGUGGUAAUCUCAUUUUUCUUACAAGCAAACGCGUGGGCUCAAUAAUUUAUGUGAUAAAACAUAGCAAAAACAAACUUAAAAACAGGGACAUUAAAAGAAUGCAAAGGUGCCAACGGCGCUAAGAUAAAUGUGGUUGCGCAUAUAAACUACAACUCCCACACGCACCAAAGACCCGGAACUAAACUCGCACGUUUUCUCUGAGAUUCGCAUGCUGACGAUCUCGCUUGUCAACAGGACAAAACCACGUUUGAAACACCAUCCCUGGCAUCAACUGAGAAAAUGUCUGCCGCAAAAGUCAAAAUGCGACAGAAGAAACUGAGAAACCAGCCCUCCAGUGUGCAGUUCGUGUCCGAGCGUGUUGGUGAGGAGGACAUUCCCCAUCCCAACGGUGGAGGUGGUGAUGGUCCAUCUGAUCAACUUCCAGUAAGAAAGAAGAGCUCCAACCAACAGACUGGGUGGGUCCGUGGACACCAGAAAGAUGGUGGAGUCUAUGCUGACAAGAUGCCGCAGUAUAUUACUGCUGGAGUUUUUGCCAGGGCCAGGGCAACAGAGGUAAGAGCCAUGCUGAAAGCUGUUACCAAGACCACAGGCAGCUGUCAGAUCUUUGGAGCGCUGCCAAAGCAUAUGAGAAGAAGAGCAAUGAGCCACAACACCAAGCGUCUUCCUUGCCGGCUGAGAGAGAUGGCCAACAAAAUGAGGGAGAAAUGCCUGCAGGGCAGCUUUAAAAAAAAGGCACACUCUAAGAACAAGAGCCGCAAAGCUCGUCGCCAUCAUGGAAACCUGCUGCUGGAGUUCAACCGGCGACAGAGAAAGAAUGUGUGGUUGGAGACGCACAUUUGGCAUGCCAAGCGCUUUCACAUGGUAAAAAAGUGGGGCUAUUCCCUUGGGGACAGACCCACCUUAAAAUGCUACCGCCCCUGCUACAGAGCCAUGAGCACUCAUUGUCUGCUCCAGGACCUGUCGUACUACUGCUGCCUAGAGCUUCAGGGAGAGGAAGACAAGCUAUUGGAUUGUCUGUCACAACUGACCAGUAAAGAGACUGGCCCUACAUUUGCUCAACGGUUGUGUCUGUCGGGACAAAGACAAGGUAGCGUGGUGUUGUACAGGGCAGGGCAGUUCCCCUUGAAGCCUUUGGGCCCAGCUACAUUCCUCUGGAGACCCCGUACAUUGGGCACAGUUUACAGGCAAAUCUGGACCUGGGUUCAUCCCAUUCUUAAACAAGAUAUCCUCACAGAGUUUCUAAGUGUGUGUCAGUGUCAUGAGGCUGUGGUCCCCCCGUCCGUGCCAUAUUGCGCAGAGGGAAUCUUCAGCACAGAUUCAGAAUCAAAGUCUGAAAUCAACCAGGCACUUGGAACUAAAAGAAAGCAAAGCAAGAAGGAUAGGAGUGGACCUCCUCCUAAGAAGAUCCUGGGCGAUGGCACCAGAUCACCCAACACCCCUACUACCUGGAAAUCCAGCUCAACUGGAAUAUUAAUCAAUGAUCUCACAAUGGAGAUUGUACGAUACCGCCUGAUAGGACCGCAGUCCCAUUCAGUGUUGGCAGAUGCUUUGGAAGCUGCUACAAACUGUGAUGAAUUGAGCAAAUCCCAGCCCUCCUGCCUUUGGUGGCCUGAUCACUGUAAAGAUGAGCUCAAGAUGAAGCUCCAUCAGCAACAAACUGACAUCUUUCACUUACUGAAAGGCAUCUACUCAACUGCAGAGCUCCCACCUGGCACAGUGCUCGGGCUGACAGUUGAUGACCCGAGGCUUAAUAUACCAACAAAGAAGGUUAAAGUGUUGCCCUGUGUAAAGGAGGCACAAGAGGUGGAUGAUGACAGGAGAAAGGAGCUGUCUUUGCACGGUGUACCAGAACACUGUUGUCAGAGUUUCCUCUGGCAACAAUCUGUGCGCAACAAUGUCACAGACAAUAAAAUGUCAGAGCAGGAUUUGAACCGUAUGAGGAGCGAGGUUCUGGUGCCCGGGUCCAGGCUUAGCCCUAUUCCCCCACAGUGUCGAGUCCCCAUCUUGCUGGUUCACCAGCCAGGCAAGCAGGAGGGACAUGAGAUGAGUUCGUGGGGUGCUGGAUGGGACCUGAUGCUUCCUAAAGGCUGGGGAAUGGCUUUUUGGAUCCCCCUGGUGUAUAGAGGUGUUCGAAUUGGUGGACUAAAAAUGAGUCUGACACACAGUCAGAAUAAAGGUGUUCCUCACUUCCCCCAUGAUUACCCAGACUGCCCUGGAGGAGCCUGUUUUCAGGAGGAGCAAGAGUCUGAACUGCUUGAAAAGUUCAAAAGACGUCCGCCUGCCAAAAGAAUCAAUUACAUUAAACAUGGCUGCCUGGCUCCAUUCGGUUGCCCUUGGCAACAGCUGGCUGAGGAGUGGGAUGUUAUUGGAAGUGAUGGAGAGGAGAAAAAAGGAGACAUCCAGGCUAAAAGCACAUUGCAGGGUAAUAAAGCAAUCCAGUCAGAGAUAAUGUCACAUCACGAAGUCCCUGCGACAAACCCACAAACCCACUUCACUGUCCUGAGGAACAGGAAGUCAUUGAGGCUUCUCUCUAGUUGGUGCAGACCCACUUCAUGUAAAGGUCAGAGGUUGUACGGUGUAAGAGAAAUGACACCUUUGGACCAUGCUGCAAAGAUGUCAUUCCAAGCAAGACAUGGCAUGAGUCUGGUUUGGGUACGUCUGUCACUGUUGUUGAAGGGUAAGCCAGACCUCCAUACCAUGGUGUGUGUUCCCACUUCCGAUGACCUCAAACUGUUGAAUGAAGGGCAUGUUAGUCGCGGCCCUCAGGAGCCCCGCCACAAGGACCACUUGAAAAGCACCAUCAAACAUAGUAAGAGUAAAAGUAAAGACACUCCUUCAAUCACUGAUCAGACGACCACCAUGUUUGAAAAGCCCCAGUCAUCUUCUCCUGCUUCUGAUUUUGUUUUGGGAGUGUGGCCGAAUCCCCUGCCAAGUGUCACCUCUCACUGCUCCAGAGUGACGCUAGGCUGGGUGACUCAGGCAGACUUCUCCCUGUCUGCAGGGAGUGGGGAGGCUCUUGGCUUUGUGAGUGUCACUGGCCUCAUCCAGACACUCAUCAGUCAACCUCUGGAACACAGAGGAAUAGUGCUGCUACGCAAUACCAAGUCUCUUCAGUACCGCUUUGCUAAAAUUAACAUAGAGGUUUGAGUGGAACAUAUGUUGAACUUGCUUGAUUUUGAGGCAAUUAUAAUUUUUAUCUUCAUGGAUAACUCAAAAACCUCUCAUAAUAGAUAGGGUCAUGCAAGUUUGUUGUCUGUCCUUGUACAGUGAUCUCACUGCAUACUGAAAUUUGUGUAAGGCAGUAAAAGUGUGCCUGGUAAUAUUAAAUUUCACAUUUGCUAGAAAUACUCGAGUGCUGGUCAUCAAGUUAAUCUAUUACCAUUUUAG